GUUUAUUCGUCACGAAUUGUAGUUACCUGUGGUAUUUCGUGAGCGAUGGUGGUGGCGUGUUUCAUAACCUUGUGAAACGAGCUCGUAAUAUUUUUAAUUGACAGUAUGACUGAAAUUAUCUAUAGUAGUAAAUCAAAGACUUUAUAGCGAAUUUAGAAAUAAUUUUCAAUUUUAAUUGAGAAGAUUUCAAUAUAACUUUUAAUAAUAAAUUGAAGAAAUGGCGUUAGUACGUAAAUUUCAUCAACUGUCAAAGUCAAUUUUUUCAUUAAAUUCAAUGUCUAAUAAAUCUAGACAAAAUCUUCCAGUACCUAUAAUUCAUUCAUUUUUACGAAAAGCAUCUACGUCUGAACCUCUUUCAGAAAAACAAGAAGUUAGUAUAACAUUCGUUAGAGCUAGUGGCGAAAGAAUAAAAGCAAAAGGCAAAGUAGGAGAUACUAUAUUGGAUAUAGUGGUAAAUAAUGAAAUUGAUUUAGAUGGUUACGGUGCUUGCGAAGGAACAUUAACUUGCAGUACAUGUCAUUUAAUAUUUCCUAAGGAAGUGUACGAUAGUCUUCCUGAUAAACCUACCGAUGAAGAAUUGGAUAUGCUUGACCUAGCAUAUGAUUUAACUAAUACGUCCAGAUUAGGAUGUCAGAUAGUAAUGACAAAAGAAUUAGAUGGCAUUGAAGUGAAGGUUCCAACCACGAUCAAUGAUGCACGAGCCUGAUAUUGAAUGUAGUUCCAUUUUCUGUCCAUAUAAGGGAAAACAAUCUAAAUGGCCAAUAACACCAAAUAUGGAUGCUCUUUAUAAAUAGUAAAAUUAUAUAUCUUUCGCACUAUAGCAUAAGUUUACUAGUUAUACUAGUUCAUUUUAACGUAUAUAUAAGAGCAUGUACAUAAUAGUAAAAGACAAAAAGAGAAAACAAAAUAGAAAAAAUUUAUAUAAUUUUUUUAUAAAUCUAUAAAUAUUUUAUGACAGUUUUUUAACUGAUGCGAAUUCAAUCGCUGUGAAUUAAAUCAAAUAUCAAAAGAUUUAUAAUAAACAAAAGUGCAAUAAGUU